AGAGCUUUAGUAAAUAAGUACACUGUAGGUAUCAAAUAUGAGACUUUCUUUAUUGCUCUUUAUAAGAAAGCUCAUUGUCAGUACAUGUGCAAUCAGAUUGUUUCAAUGUAUCUGCACAAGUACUAGAAAGAUAUAAAAUUCAUGAAUUAUGUUGCGUUUUAUAUUAUGCGAUAUAGUGUUGAUCAACUCAUAUUAAUUUUUAAAAUUGCACUUGUGAUGUGUAGUGCGGAUAAUUAAAUUAAAGAUUCAUAUGUAUAGUGACAUAAAGCACGAAAAUUCUCAGGGUAUCUGUGAUAGGGUGGAGUGAUAAUCACGUAUAUAAUAUAUAAAAACCUAAUAUACAAAAGGAUAUAUUUAUAGGCUGAGAUAUAGUAAACACAUUAAAAUUUUCUGUGAGCUACAUUGUCAGCCAUAAAAAGCGUAUAGUUAGCGAGUAAAAGUGAAUUGGCUGAAAUCACAAGUGUUAAUGUGUAUCAAGAUGCGUCCAUUUCUUUGCAAAAAAAAAUAUGUGUCUGCCAUCAAUAUUAUGGAAGACACAAUCAUCUAGCCCGAAAUUUCAUAAGUGCCUGUGUAGUGUAUCGCGUAUACUUCUGCAGUGCAAUAAUUAUGACGGCAAAUGCAGGACAAGUGUGUGCGCGCGUGAUAAUUCGAAAAUACCGAGUUUCUAGUUUACGAAGAUCAGAUGAAAAGCGGAGCGUUUUUAUGAGGGCGCUGAAUAUACGUCUCAGAGGAAUAAUAAGAAUGGAUCCGUUUCACCCUUUGGCCAAAUUACUGCAUUUGGGGUGCGUGAAUUUAAAUCUCGGUGAAGUACGCAACCACAACAUUCGUCGUUACCAAAACUGGAAUACCGUAUUACCUAAUUCUACCAUCUGCUCUCCCUCCCCCUCUCCUCUUUUCAAAUCUUUUUCACAUAUUUUUAUACAUUAUCUUUUGUCCUUUUUCCAGUUAGAUAACACAAUUUUUAAUUCAUUGUAUAUUCCUAGACCCAUCCUUCUACAUAUUUUCACUAUGAAUGCAACUUGUGUGCAUGCAUUUUUACCUGCACCAUAAUGUCCGGAUAUCAGAAACGAAUUUCAAAAGUACAAACCUGUGAAUUAAGCCCGGCCGGCCUCUCGUUACAACAUCUAUGCCUGCAACAAGUACACGCUUGAUUCUUGCGGAAGAAAAGUAACAUCCACUCUUGGUCUUGGUGGAAGUACAGAGAAUCUCGCAAAUGGCACGUCGCAACGAGCUCCAAAAUCAAAGUGAACUAGCUUCAUUGAGAGAAUCCGAAAACAAAUACAGGCAACAAUAUGUAGAAGCAUCUCACAGGGAGAAGAUCUUAGUAAGGAGGCUUGCCUCUAAAGAGCAGGAAUUGCAAGAAUAUAUUAAUCAAAUAAGUGAAAUGAAAGCCACCCAAGCUCCGUCCGCAGCUGCAUUAAGAUCUGCUCUGUUAGAUCCGGCUGUUAAUAUAUUGAUACAGAAAUUAAGGCAAGAAUUAAUAACGACCAAGGGUAAAUUAGAAGAUACACAAAAUGAGCUAAGCGCAUGGAAAUUUACACCAGACAGCAAUACGGGAAAAAGAUUAAUGGCAAAAUGUAGAUUAUUAUAUCAAGAAAAUGAAGAACUUGGUCGUAUGAUUGCUAGUGGACGUAUCGCAAAGUUAGAAGGCGAACUCGCCUUGCAAAAAAGUUUCAGCGAAGAAGUCAAAAAGUCACAAUCAGAAUUAGACGAGUUUCUACAAGACUUGGAUGAAGAUGUGGAGGGUAUGCAGAGUACUAUUUACUUCUUACAACAAGAACUGCGCAAGGCUCGAGAAUCCGUCACGCUAUUACAACAGGAAAAUGCAGCAUUAAAGACGAAUACAAAUGAGAAUAAUUUAUCGAACGGUUUAUCACCCCAUACACCCCCGAUCAAAAAGGAGGAAUUAGAAGAAAGUUCUGCACCAGAUACGAAACCUCCGAAACCGAUGGAGGACAGUGGUAUGUGCAAAGGUGUAAGAACUCCACCGUUAACGUCGCCCCAGAGUGAGCUUACUAGUGUCGAAAGAACAGAACGUGCAGAGAGAAAACUUAAUCAAGCCGAUCACAAUGACGAAAGUUCUAGCGAUUCCGCGGCAUUAAUUAUUAAGGUUGAAAAUGAAGAACUCAGUGAUAGAGAAGAAGAGCACGAGGAGAAUCGGAACAAGCGAAUAUUAAGGAGUAAAAGUCACAAUAGGAAUAGUGGUAAAUCAAACGGGGAAGAGGUGCUAACGCGAACAACGCGGGGUAGGGACAGGACAAAGAGGGAGAAAAGUGCAGCCAGUAGUGAUGAUGAAAGGACGCACAAGAAGAAACGAAGGGAAAGUAUUCUUUCUCUUGAUUAUAAUGAUGGCGAUGAUGAUGCAUUAGUUUUGACUAAUGGCGAGACUCUACAAAGUGAUCCAGAAUGAACGAUAUUUUAGGUUGAUUUUAAAAUUCACAUCCAACCAAAAUGUGGUGAAAAUCCGCGAUAUGAUUUGAAAUUCUCUUGUUACUGUGUACAAAAUUUUUCAAUUAACGUAACGACGGCUGUUUACAGGACAGUGUUCGAAUAAACGAAUAAUUAGCCAUAAAGAGACAUGGUUUCAGUACCUGUAUUGGUGAUAACUUCAAAUGAUAAAUAUUGACAUUGUCUCUAAAAAUUAACAAACUUGUAAAUACUCUUAUACUAUUAGAUUAAUAUAAAAUUAAAAAUUUAUGUUUACCUCGUUAUUUGCAUAUGACCAAAUUACAAAUUAUAUUACACAAAAUUAUAAUAAAUAAAUUUGAUUCUCGCCUUUUAAUUUACAACAAAUGCUAGUGAAAGAAACUAGCAGUCAGAUUUUGUUCAUAUUUUGUAAAUUUCUUGUAUCAAUAUUUUGUGUAAAAUCAACAAAAGUUUGGUUAAUCAGUAAAAAUGAAUAAUCUGAAAAAUUGUCAAGAAUUGAUUAAAAACGCCUGACCACAUUUUAUGUAA